ACAGCUUAUAGUCGCAUCGCGGUGACUGCCAGAAAGGUCAACUAAAAGAAAAACACUCGCCGUAAAAUGCGAAAAUAGAUGGUAAACGUCGCUCUCAUGGACGAAGUGGACAAGAUAAUCAUGCACCAGCUGCACCAGGUGGACGCGGCCAUCGAGCCGAUGGAGGAGCUGACCGGCUUCACCCCGGAGCAGGUGGUGCGGGCUGUGUCCGGCUGUCUGGCGGAGAUUCGUCCCGAUCUGCAGCUUCCCCGGACUCUUCCCGGCGGAGCGAUGGCCGCGCGCUUCGGGGUGGCCAGCUCCCUGGCGCAGGGAUGCAAGGACACUGGCUACCGCGGCGACAUCGGCUAUCAGACCUUCCUGUAUCCCAAUGCAGUGGAACUGCGGCGACUCCUGAUGUUUCUCAUCGAACAGCUGCCGCGGGAGCGCCAAAGUGCGGAGGAUGGCGCCAGCAAGUCGCAAUCCCUGAGCCACAGGCAACUCCUGCAGCGGCAAAUCCGCAAGGAGCUCUCGCAGCAACUGAAGACGCCCUGGGUGCCCCAAUUCGCUCGAUCCGUCGGCAAUCGCAAAUCCCUCGGCUGCAGCAGUUUGGGCAUCGAAUUCCGGCCAAAUGUCAAUCUCAACAUUCCAUCCGCCAAUCCCGAGGAGCGCUCCAAGGAGCAGCAGCAGUACUUCGACCAGCAGGCGCCCAAUCUCUUCCAGCAAACGGCCUCCGGCAAGGUGGAUCUCAUUGCCUCGGUGCUGCACAAGAACGAGCUGGACAGAUGGGGUGAGAUGCUGGUAACCGAUUCAGUGCCUUUCUUUGCGGGCAGCGAGGAGGUAGCGGCUCCUGUGAUCUCUACAGUAAAAUCCAUAGACGGCACGGCGGAUGAGGAGGUUUCUCCCCUCCAGGAGCUGAGCAACCAGGUUCAGGAGCUGCGCCUUCAAUGCGAAACCUUGCUAGGGAAAAGAAAAUCCCACGCUGCGGCUGUGGCGGCUCUUAAGCAGCGGGAAACCAAGGCCACCGAGGAGAUGGCUCGCCUUCAACCCAAGCUGAAGCUGCACGAACGCACCUCUCUGGUUUUGGCUGACUCAGAGGAGAAUCUGGCCAAACUGGAGGCUUUACUAAAAACCACUCAAAGCAAAAGGCAGACGCUCACGCAGCAGUGGCAGGAUUAUCGAAAACCCUUGCUGGAAAGCCUAGAAACCCUAAAAACCGCCAAGGAAGCCCAGGAGGUGCAGGGCGUUCGCCAGAACAUCGAACAACUGGAGCAGGAGCUACAGGCCAAGACGCAACAGCACAACGAACUCAAUGCCACGCUGCGGAACGCCAGUCAGUCGCUGGCACCGCGCAAGGAAUACACCCGCAGGAUACACGAGUUCAUUGGGAACAUUCGCAAGCAGCGAGCGGAUAUAUACAAGGUUCUCGAUGACACGCGGCAACUGCAGAAGCAACUGAAUGUGGUAGGCGCCCAGUUGCAGCGUCAGUUCAACUACACGGACGAUCUGCUCUUCCAGAGCGCCAAGCAUGAUCUGCACGCCAAGAGGGCCUACAAGCUGUUGGCCCAACUGCACGCCAAUUGCAGUGAGCUGGUCGAAUGCGUCUCCCUCACGGGUAACGUGACCAAGCAGAUCCGCGAGCUGGAGGUCCAAAUCGAUGGGGAGAAGCUGAAGAAUGUGCUGACCAGUCUGCAGCAGAUCACCGGCGAUAUCCAGAAGUUCGAGCAGCACAUCCAGGAGCUGCAGGGCCAAAUCAGAGCCGUGGAGCAGCCGAGUGCAGGGAGUUAGUUGCUCGAAAUCACUUGUUUACUAGUGCCAAUCACAAUAAACGAAUCGAUGCGCGCCAGGCGCUCAUUUUAUUAGUCAAAAAGUA